UUUAACUUCUCCGAUUUUGCGGUCCCGCUAGACCUUGUGGACUCCUGAACUGGACGCGCUCAUCGUUACCAACACGACACGUUCAGUGUUUAAAAGGGAGCAACUCUCACUGACUGCUUUUCGGGUUUACCUGAUUUUAAAAAGGAAAAUGUUUCAUUUUAGGAGAACCUUUGAGGAGGAAACGACUCAAUUGCAGGAGCUAAACAAAAGGCUCAUCCAGUACCUGUCUAGGGUAAAACAACUGGAACAAGAAAAUGCCUUUCUUAUAUCAGAAAUAAACGCAGUUAGGCGUGAAACAACUUCCAAAUGGGAGAAUCAACAUAUGGCCGAGUUGCGGGAGCUCAGGAGGACGCUGGAUCGGCUGUCUUUAGAAAAGUUCAAGGCAGAGAUGGAGAGACAAAAGCUCUGGCGAGAACUUAAGAUGAUUCAAGCACUGCGCUUACAAGAAUCCGGAGAACGCAACGAUAUCAAUGGGGAGCUGAAAACCUCCGAGAAGCAGCUUCAGGAAGCUCAGAAAGCAAACGGCGCACUAGAAAGUCGUUUGCUCCAACUUCAGAAUGAGUGCGAGUGUCUGGAAGAUGCCCGCAAAAGAGAGAUUGCUCAGUUUCGUGACCAGGUUCAUUCAGGAGCAUUACCUGUUUUUAUCCAAAAACCUCCUGAUCCCCCCGAAAUCAGUAUGGAAGAGUUCGACAAAUAUGCGCGUACUCUGUCGGAGACCUGGAGGGAGACCUUUGAGGUAUACUGCAAGAGAAUUGCCGAUAUCGAAGAAUCGCUGCGCUUAGACGAGGUAAAGCUCGAAAAUCUGCAGAAGGAGAAGAUGCAAUAUACAUCAGAGGUUAAGAAACUUAACAACGAAGUGAAGAAACAAAACCAAUUGCGGGUGCACCUUGAGGAACAGCUAAGGAACAUGCAAGCUAGCUUUCCCAAGGAACUGAACCAGUACCGGGUGAUUAUUGAGGAACUGGAAGAGAAGUGCAGGAUGCUAGCCAAUGCCAUCAGCAAGAAGCUCAAGGAUCACCAAGACCUCAUGCAGAUCAAGAUGGGCCUAAGCCUGGAAGUGGCCACCUACAGGGCACUUCUUGAAGGAGAGAAUACCGAUGAGUAUAUGUGGACGGACCACCGUGCAGCAGAACCAUUUAGAAAAAUUGAUAUUCAGAUGCCUCCAUACCCUUACACUCCAAAAGGAGCAUCCAUGAGCAGGCAAGAUGGAAGAAAAUGGAAGCCUUCAAACAUAAGUUUUGACAACAAAUACAUAGAACAAACAUCACAUAUGAAAGUUUCAUCUGGUGAUACAAGGAUAGUCCCUAUUACGUUUUAUGAUGUGGGUCAACACAACUCCCCAUCCCAGAAGGACCACCCUAGAGCACCACAGGCUUCUACUAGCGUUGUCAAAGGAGUCCUGAAUACUAAGGAAAACGUUCACGCCCAGAACAAAAUAAUAGAAGAGAGAACGGCAAUGAACAAUAAGUCACAGCAUUCAAUUGAUUCAGUCAUUUCCCAGCAGGCAGGCCUCAAAGUCAGAUCUAAGCUUGGUACUUUAGCUACAGAGGACAGCAAAUCGGUGAGAGUGACGUCACCAUCAACUGUGAGCAAGGUUUUACAUGUAAGUGAUGAGAAAUGGGGAACCACACAUGUAAAGGUUGAAAAAACUAACCUUGAAAAAGAGAGUGACCUGGACACAGUCAGUAUGACCCAGGGGAAAAGCAGAGCAGGGGAUCAGAUUGUGGGAAGCACUGAUAACACAGCUGUGACAGAAGACUGCUUAGCUGGGAAUAAGAUUGAAAGUCAAGUUUCAAAUUCAGGUUCACAGUUUGCAAAGAAAUCCACUGUUAGGGAGCCAUAUGUAGAGCACAGACCACUUGCAACUGAAGAAAAUGUUCUGGAAUCAAUGUCUGUAGAAGAGAUCAUUGAGAAAGUUGUGAAACCUGCUGGUUUGGAUACAACGGUAACCUGCCAUGUGGAGAAAUCAGAAGAGGAAGAUGGAAGACUCAGGACGGAAAUAAUUUUGCAAUCCAAGGUAGAGGAUGACUUGGAUGUCUCAGAUGAAUCUGUUCUAGAAGAAUUCCUCAGCAAGAAAGUAAAGAACAUUGCAUUAGAAGACAUAAAGGGAACUCCCACAGGAAGUAUGAUUGAAAAUCUGCUUAGCUUUGGUCUGCAGGGAGAAAAAGAUCUUAAAAAUAAAUCGGUCAAUAUUGAGAUUGUUGAGGAACCAGUGGACUCUCAACAUAAUGAGGAAUAUGAAAUAACGGAGACAAGUCAAUUUAAUCAGCCAUCUUCAUUAUUCUUUGCAAUUGAGGAGCUUACAAAUGUUGAUGAGCGUUCCAGACAUUCAGAUGAUCACUUUGAAGAAAACAGAGCUCCAGUAACUCCUGGAGGAGAAUAUGAAAACAUUAGAUCUGUUCAGGUUACAGAAAGUUCAAGAGACCUGGGUGCUGCAUUAUUUAGCCAGGAUCAAGAAACUGAGUAUUUUGUAUCUACACCAGAUGAUAUUUCAGAGUCGGAUGAUGUUCCCCUGUCAUUGUAUGGACAUUAUGAAGCGUUGGAUGACUUAUCAGAUGAACGGUAUUAUCAGGAUGGGGGCCUAAUCAACCGUAUAUUUAAAAAGGAUGGCCACUGUAAGGCUUUACCUAAAACUACUUAUGUGAGAGAUGAACAUAUAUUUCCUAGAGACAGCUUCCAAGAUUGUAUUAUAGAAGAGGAAGUUCAUGUUUCUCCCACAGUGCAGGAAUCCCUUCUUGAGUUCCUAAGAAAGGACGAUAUGGAUCCAAAGGAGUACUUACAAGGGACUUUGGGGCAGUUACAAGGAACAAUAUCUGGGACUGUUAAGGAUGAGUUGGCUCUUUUCACAAAAACUGAUCAAGAAGCUUCUGGUAACUUGGCAGUUGAUAUCAGGAAAGUUCAGCAGGCUGAAGACAGUGGAACAGUGACUAUUGUAGCAGAACUUAACAUUUCCCAAAAUCUGGAAGACUCUGGACUUCUGGAAGAGCAGGGGGAAGAUUUUGAGGCGAAGUUAUUGUCAGCACUACACUCGUGCAAUCCAGGUGUACAGCAAAUAAUCAACAGCAGGAGUGAAGUUACAAUUAGCAAAGAAAAUGGGGAACGUCUGGAUGGUAAAGUGGCAGGCGAAGAUCAAGAGCAACACCUAACCCCAGAAGAACCAACAAAUCAAAUAAACAAAACAGAGAAACAUAUUAAGCUAGGGCCAUCUGAAAAGUCAUUUAUUUUCCAGAUGGAUGUCAGUGAUGUGAAACCAGCAGUCUCUAGUGGGAGUUCCGGGGAGGCUAGGAGUUCACAAGGUCUGAGAGUCCAAAAAGAUAACAGCCAUGAGGUGAAAGAGGACAUCUAUAGCUAUGUGGAGAAAGCAAACCCCCCUGUGAACCAGGAAGAAGCACCUAGCCUUGAAGGCCAUGUAAAUGAAAAAAGAAUUGCAACAGUCUACCUGGAAAGUCAAGAGGAUAAUUGAUUACGAUUAUUUUUCCACUUGCAAAGUGGACCAGGAUGAAGAGCAUGAAGAUGGAUGUAUGGAUGAUUUAAUAGACUGUUGCUGUUGUUAGAAGAUCAUUUUAAACAUGUGCUAUAGUUAAAAUGCUGUGGUUGGAAUGAAAUCAUUGUCUUGAUAACAAUACAUAGAGUUUGUGGAGAUCUCUGUAUUCCAUAUUAGAAAAUUGCAGUGAUCGCUUGCUUCAUUUAAUUCAAAAUUUUAUGCAGCAUUUAAAAUUAUUAAAAGUUACAGUGCAAUAUUAAACAGUAUUAAAGUUAGUAGGCACAUCAUAGAAAUAUUAAUCUAUAACAUAGCUCCAGAAAUGUAAAGACAGUAAAUGCAUUAUAGAGGGGGUUUAGUUAUGGGUAUAUCGGAGUUUUUUUUUUUUUUUAAAGUUGAUUCUAAAACUUACAGUAUUCAUUUAGAUAAUUAAACCAUUUUACAGAAUUAUUAAAAGCAAGUAUAUCAUCAAUCAGUUUUAGUAAUGAUGACUCAGUUCUGCAGAUGAAAAAAAUAAUGCUUUAUGCCUUGUAAUUUGUGACCUUUUAAUUAUCAAAUAUCAUUAUACAUUAGGAAGCAAAAUCUCGCCAUCUUCUGAUAGAACGAAGGCCGAAGAAACAUGUGAAUUUCAUAGAGAUCUUUCCCCUAAAAAUGCAUCAUCACAAUAAACCAUAUCCAAAGUUACUGCUCUGUUAAAAAUAGUAUAUAUUGGUACAGCUACAGUUAUCAUUAGACCUAUAGCAAUAAAUAAAUACAUUGUAACAUAACGAUGGAUAAGAAAAUGCUCACAUGGAAAAUGUUUCUUUUAAUGUUAUUUUAUUCUAACAUUAAUGAUACAUCUCAAAACCUCUAGUGAUUGAAGUAACAGUGUUAUUGGUAACAGCUUGGCUUGAAUGAGCAGGCUAGAUGUACAUGCCCUUUAACAUGCUUCUAAAACCUGACGUGCUAAGGAAAUGCCACACAUUGUUGGCUAAUUAAGGAUAAGGAAUCUUUUCCCCCCACAUAAUAUACAUUCUUCGAGCAUUGAUCAGUCCUACGAAUAAAAUAUAUCUUACAGUG